UGGCCCACUUCCCUAUCCCAGCGGAGGGGUGCGGCCAGGACUGGCGCACGGGAGGGGCCCUCUCGUGGCUCAAACCCUGCAGUGUCCUACGGACCCGCAGUCAGGGUGAGCCCGCGGGACGGGGACUCAGGACAAGGUGACUAGUGCACACAGACAGGGCAACCCAGGCGCGCGCCCCUCGUGAUCUGUCCCUGCCCAUGGCCGAGGAGCCAGAGCCAGACCUCAGGGCUGCCGAGGGUGCAGCGGAGCCGGCCGUUGAGAUGCCGGGCUGGAAGGCUCCGGAGGACACAGAUCCCCAGCCCGGAAGUUAUGAGAUCCGACACUACGGACCAGCCAAGUGGGUCAGCACUUGUGUGGAAUCUAUGGACUGGGAUUCAGCCAUCCAGACUGGCUUUACAAAACUGAAUGACUACAUUCAAGGCAAAAAUGAGAAAGAGAUGAGAAUGACGCUGACGGCCCCAGUGACAAGCUACGUGGAGCCUGGCUCAAGUCCUUUCAGUGAGUCUACCAUUACCAUCUCCCUGUAUGUCCCCUCUGAGCUGCAAUCCGAUCCACCCAGGCCUUCAGACUCAGAUGUCUUCAUUGAAGACAGAGCUGGAAUGACUGUGUUUGUGCGGGCUUUCAACGGAUUCUCCAGUGGCCAAAAGAAUCAAGAACAGCUUUUGACAUUAGCAAAUAUUUUGAGAGAAGAAGGAAAAGUUUUCAAUGAAAAGGUCUUUUAUACUGCUGGCUACAGCAGCCCUUUCCAAUUACUUGAUAGAAAUAAUGAAGUGUGGCUGAUUCAGAAACAUGAGCCCUCCAAAGAAAAUGAGUAAGAAAAUGAGGGUCACUGCUGGGGCAGAAUUUCAGCAGAUGUCAGCAGCACCACACAUGAAGUAUCUAGAAUCUUCAUAAUGUAAUACCUGAUAUACCGGAUAUCUGAUGU